AUGCCACUGUCACGUUCCCUGUCCAUGACAUCUCUGAGCGGGGUGCUACCGGACUGGGAGGAAGCAGAGCUGCCUGUGGAGGACCUGCUGCUCUUUGAGGUGGCUUGGGAGGUCACAAACAAAGUUGGAGGAAUCUACACAGUGAUCCAGACCAAAGCCAAGAUCACAGUGGAUGAAUGGGGGGAUAACUACUAUAUGAUGGGGCCCUACUUCGAACAUAACUAUAAGACCCAGGUGGAGGGCUGUGAGCCGCCAAACCCCGCCAUCAGGAAGGCUAUGGAUGCUCUCAUUCACAACGGCUGCCAGGUCCAUUUUGGCCGGUGGCUGAUUGAGGGCAGCCCAUUUGUGAUCCUAUUUGACAUUGGCUCUGCAGCCUGGAACCUGGACCGCUGGAAGGGGGACCUGUGGGAGACCUGCAAGAUAGGCUUGCCCUACCAUGACCGGGAGGCCAACGACUCGCUCAUCCUGGGCUCCCUGGUCGCCUGGUUCUUCAAAGAGUUAACAGACCAGCUGGGAGACCAGCCCAAUGUCAUUGGUCAUUUCCAUGAGUGGCAGGCAGGUCCAGGGGUUAUUCUCUCUCGCUCCCGCAAGAUUCCCAUGGCAACGAUCUUCACUACACACGCCACCCUGCUGGGACGAUAUCUCUGUGCUGGUAAUGCAGACUUUUACAACAACCUGGACAAGUUCAACGUUGACAAGGAGGCCGGUGAGAGGCAGAUUUACCAUCGUUACUGCCUGGAGAAAGCAGCGGUCCACUGUGCUCACGUCUUCACCACAGUAUCCCAGAUCACCGCUGUAGAAGCCAGCCACAUGCUGCACAGAAAGCCAGAUGUGGUGACCCCGAACGGGCUGAAUGUGAAGAAGUUCUCGGCCAUGCAUGAGUUUCAAAACCUGCACUCCACCAGCAAGGCCCGCAUCCAGGAGUUUGUCAGAGGGCACUUCUAUGGUCAUCUGGACUUCAACCUAGAGAAAACCCUCUUCUUCUUCAUCGCUGGACGCUAUGAGUUUUCCAACAAGGGAGCUGAUAUUUUCCUUGAAUCACUGUCCAGACUCAACUAUCUACUGCAGCUCCACAGAAAUGAUAUGACAGUGGUAGUUUUCUUCAUCAUGCCAGCUAAAACCAACAACUUCAAUGUGGAGUCACUAAAGGGACAGGCAGUGCGCAAACAGCUCUGGGAUACAGCUCACACUGUGAAGGAGAAGUUUGGUAAAAAGCUGUAUGAUGCUCUGUUAAAAGGACAGAUCCCUGAUAUGAACUCCAUUCUGGAUCGAGACGACUUCACCAUUAUGAAGAGAGCAAUCUACGCCACUCAGAGACACAGCCUCCCUCCGGUGACGACUCACAACAUGCUGGAUGACUCAACAGAUCCCAUCCUUUCCAACGUCAGACGCAUCGGCCUGUUCAACUCCAGGAAUGAUCGCGUCAAGAUUAUUUUCCACCCUGAGUUCCUGUCCUCCACCAGUCCUCUGCUGCCAAUGGACUAUGAGGACUUUGUUCGUGGCUGCAACCUUGGAGUUUUCCCCUCCUACUAUGAACCAUGGGGAUACACACCUGGUGAAUGUACUGUAAUGGGAAUUCCCAGUGUGACCACCAACCUGUCAGGUUUUGGCUGCUUCAUAGAGGAGCAUGUGUCUGAUCCUGCUGCCUAUGGUGUUUACAUCGUGGACCGUCGGUUCCGUGCGCCUGAAGAGUCCUGUAACCAGCUGACCCAGUUCAUGUUCAGUUUCUGCCAGCAAUCUCUGCGCCAGCGCAUCAUCCAGCGGAACCGAACUGAGAGGCUGUCUGACCUGCUGGACUGGAGAUACCUAGGACGGUUCUAUAUACACGCCCGCCAUCUCGCACUUAACAGAGCUUUCCCGGACAAGUUCCAGAUGGACCCCAUGGCCCCUUUGAAGACAGAGGGUUUCCGUUACCCCCGGCCCUACUCAGUGCCCCCCUCUCCCUCUGCCUCCCUCCACUCCACCCCCCACCACAGUGAUGUAGAGGACGAUGAUGAUGAUGAUGAUGAUGAGCCCUACGAUGAAGACGAAGAGGCCGAGAGGGACCGACUGAACAUCAAGGCUCCCUUUUUUGACCUUUGA